AUGAGUUACAAGUCGAAAGCAACUAUAUCCUCUGACGAGUCGGACUCUGACAAAGAAUAUCAGGAUUUACCAACCUUUGCCCAACAAGACGAAAGCCUGCUUAAGAUCGACCAUGACAUACCCAUCUUGAAAAAAGAUAUUGCUAUUGAAUCGAAGGAGAGUUCACAGGAGAGCAAAGUAAAAGUACCGCCACCAAAAACAAAGAAAAAAUCAGCAACGCCAGUACAAACAUCAGGAAAGAAACCACUUAAAGAAAAAACUGCUGUAAAAGCAAAGGCGAAAAAAGGUUCUUUGCCUGCGCAGAAAGCUGUUGAGGAUGAUCGUGCUAAGAAAGGUGUAAUUGUUGCUAAGAAGCAAACAAAGGAAAAACUUACACCACCAAAAGGAAAUGUUCUGCAAAAGAAGGGGGACGGUAAAGGUAUGUUGCCUACGCAGAAAACUGUUAUAAAUGAUAACGCUAAGAAAGGUGUCGUCGUUGCGAAGAAGCAAACAAAAGAAAAUCUAAUUCAACAAAAAGAAAACGUUCCGCAAAGGAAACUGGACCAGGCUGAAGCUAAGGUUGCCCCCGAAAGAAAAGAACCUGCUGCUAAAACAAAUAAUGGUAACGUUGCCUCUAACGCUGCCCCAAACGCUGCCCCUAACGCUGCCCCCAACGCUGCCCCUAACGCUGCCUCUAACGCUGCCCCUAACGCAGCCCCUAACGCUGCCCCUAACGCUGCCCCUGUCAAACCAGUUCCAGGUAAGUCAAAGACGGCGAAAAACCCAAGACAACUGAAACGAGGAAAGAAGGAUCCGAGGUCGUUAUGGCAAAGUGAACAGGCCAAACGGCGAGCCACUCUUCGUCAAGCAUGUGGUCGUCUCGGUUUGGGAAAUCAAACUAUCCAGCAAACCAUCAAACAAAGCAAGCGCAGUUUCUGGCCGUUCAUCUUUGAAGAUCGGUACCGUCUGAUCUACACAUACAUUUCCAAAGUGGGAUCGACCAACUGGAAGAGAGCUUUCCUCGUUCUCCAAGGGAAGUACAAAAGUGUCGACAAUAUUCCGGGGAGGUUUGCGCACGCGCAAAGCCUCCGUAAACUUAGCUCGCUCCCAGAAGAUGACAUCCAGCAACGUCUUAAUAACUAUACAAACUUCAUCUUUGUCAGACAUCCAUUCGCACGAGUACUGUCAGCCUACAGGAGCAAGUUCUUGGAACCUAAUCCAUCUUUCCAAAAACACACGGGAACUCGCAUUAUCAAGAUGUACCGUAAGAAUGCAACAGAAGAGGCACUCCAAACCGGCAGUGACGUCAGCUUCCACGAGUUCGUACAGUUCAUUGGGAAUUCCAAAACAAUCAAUUUCGACGGUCACUGGCAACCUAUUUACAAGAUGGUUCUACCCUGCACAGUGCGAUUUGACUUCAUUGGUAGGCUGGAAACUGGAGAGGAGGAUGCUAAAUUCAUCCUUGAGGAGACCAAAGUCGACCAUCUUGUUCACUUUAAGGCAUCAACACGUAACGUAAGCCAUGACGAUGCAACCUUCAACCAAUUCUACUCGCAGAUACCAAGUAACGAUCUUUUAAAACUGUACAAAAUAUAUAAACCGGAUUUCACAUUGUUUGGAUACGAGGUACCGCAAAGCCUGAAAUCGCUUAUUAAAGUUGCGGUCUAGAAAAUUUAACAGCAGCAAUUUUGAUACAAGGUUUAUAUUAUUGUAAAAGGGGAAAUCAAAUUAUAGCCUAUAGUUUUAAGAGUUAAAUAAUAACUAGAGUUAAAUAAUAAAGUUAAAUAAUUUUUUUUCGAUGUCUUUCAUCCCAGUUGAAAAUCUAUUUUCAAAAAGAGAAUUUAUUUUUUACAAUUUUCAUAAUAAAACGUUCUUGGAAUGGAGAUUUUGAAAUAUAUUGUUGGCCAAAAAGGCAACCGUUGUCUUCAAGAUGCUUUUUUUAAAGUUGAAUAAAAAAAAUUGUGCUUGGAAGUGAACAGCUUUGAUAUUAUUCUUAAAGGUAAACUCGAAAAGUUUUACAGGGGAAACAAACUCGAUAGGUAAUUAUUUAGAAUUGUCAUAGUUGAGAACUGGUAAUAUUUUUAUCAUUGAAUUAAGGUUCGUAAUAC